UGCGAGUGAGCGAGCGAGCGAGGGAGGGAGGGGAACCCAGGAGCUCUCACACUCAAAAUGGCCCUGAGAUAAAGGAGGAGAAAUCUUAUCUCCAGCCAGCAGAAGGACGAGGCGAUGGCUGCUUCCCACCCCCGGUCUUCCUGCUGCCCCUGCGCCCAGCGCAGCUGUCAGGGGGUAUCUUGCACUUCAUUUGGGGGGCUCACCGGGAGGACUUAAUAACUUCUCUGCGAUGUUUGGGGCUCCUUCAAGUUACUUUCAAGCUUUACUGGAUUUCUGCAGCUGCUGCGAAGGAGUCUGAUUACCCAGCCAGGGGGUAUCUGUACCCAGCCAGGGGGUAUCUGUACCCAGGGGUCUCUGAUGUGACAGUCUCUGGACCCCUCUGCUUUGUCACAGAGUCUUCGCCUAAAUGGGUCCAGUCAUGCCUCCCAGUAAGAAGGCGGAAGGCACCGGAAUCAGUGUUUCCAGCCAGUGUUACCGGAGUAACGCGCCGUCGAACCCUCUGCACGAUGACUUCGACCUAGACUUCCCGCCGCCCGCCGUCAAAAUCAACAAGGAGAAGGGGGCCAUGGAGGACGAGGAGCUCACCAACUUGAACUGGUUGCACGAGAGCAAAAACUUGUUGAAGAGUUUCGGGGACAGCGUGUUACGGAGCGUCAGCCCGGUGCAGGACGUUGACGACGACACCCCGCCGUCGCCCGCCCAGUCGGAUAUGCCCUACGACGCCAAGCAGAACGCCAACUGCAAGCCGCCGUACUCCUUCAGCUGCCUCAUCUUCAUGGCCAUUGAGGACUCGCCGACCAAGAAGCUGCCGGUCAAGGACAUAUACAACUGGAUCCUAGAACACUUUCCGUACUUCGCCAACGCCCCCACGGGGUGGAAAAACUCUGUGAGGCAUAACCUGUCCUUAAACAAGUGUUUCAAGAAAGUCGACAAGGACAGAAGUCAGAGUAUUGGAAAAGGAUCGCUCUGGUGUAUAGACCCGGAAUACAGACAGAACCUGAUCCAAGCCCUGAAAAAGACUCCCUACCACCCGUAUUCCCACGUAUUCAACACCCCCCCCACCUCUCCUCAGGCAUAUCAAAGCACAUCUGUCCCUCCCCUUUGGACGGGAAGCACCUUUUUCAAGAAGAAUGGGGCCCUUCUCCAAGUGUCUCCAGGCGUGAUACAGAAUGGAAGCCGCCUGCUGAACCGAGGGAUCUUCCCGGGAGUCCGGCCGCUGCCGAUUAACCCCAUCGGGAGCAUGGCUGCUGCAGUGAGGUGCGUACUCCACAAAGGGGCCGCUAAAAGGUGACACAAUGUUACCAUCAGAACGCCAUGGAUUGUUAGCUCUUUGGUCCAAUCUCGCCCCAGGGUAUAAUACAUGCCGAGUACAGGGGGCACGAAUAAAAGUAAUGAAGUCAGCCCCCCGAUAUGUUUAACACCUGGCGCUUUUUUGGGUAAAAAAUGCCUUUUGGCUGACUAUCUGUAACACGCAGGAGGUUGAGCGAGACGAGGAUCUGACGGAGGAGACGGCUGAUUACUCUGAUAAUCA